GACGUGCUCCCACCUCCCGCGUUGGCGCCAAAUCCAAACCCUGCCGGCUCCGGCUCUGUCGGUUCUCCGUGGCGUCCGCAGCCCCCGGGCCGCAGCCGGUCUCCUUGGCCGCCAUGAGGCGGAGAGGCCCGGAGGAAGAGGCCUGCGGCGUGUGGCUGGACGCGGCGGCGCUGAAGAGGCGGAAAGUGCAGACACAUUUCGUCAAACCAGGAAAGAAAAUGUUAACGCUUUUUCCUAGAGAGAGAAAGCCUAACGUUUCUUAUACUCAGAGAGUAUCUGCAGGGACUCGGCAGACCAGCAUUGCUUCUUUCAUCACCUUGCAGCAAGGAAUGGCGAGUGGCAAUAACCGGAGAAGCGUUUCAUCUCACAUUAAAAGUCAGACCAAUGAAGAGUCCAAGAAAGAUACAACCCAUCUAGACUGUUUGAUCCAGGGCUUAGGGGAUAACUGCAUAGAACUCCCUUUGGCCACUUCAACCCCUGUCAGCCUCCAGGAACCUAGACUUCCUCCUCAGUCCUUCCAGACUUCUGGCCACCACUGUAUGGGAACUCCAUUUUUGACAGCACAGUGUUUGCCCCAAUCUGACAUCCCUAUCUAUGCUCAAGAGAGUAAAGAAUCAUUGGCUUUUUCCUCUGCCCAGGACUUGGAAAGUUAUUGUUUGCUGGACCUAAAGGAGGGCAAGGGGAAUUCUCCUCACAAAUGGAAAAGGCUUCAUGGGUCUAAGACCAACUAUCAGGGCAUGGAGGGACAUAACAAACCACCUGGGGGUAAAUGCCACCAGCCCCUGGACAAAAGUAAACUGGAAAGGAAGGUGUCUGCUAAAGAAAACAGGCAAGCCCGUGAGCACCUUCAAGCUUAUGGGGAAUCCUGGACUGCAGAAGAAAAUACAGAGUCACUAAGACAAAAUCCUUGUCCUCUGUCUGCAAUUUCCCAGAAGAGGGAAAAGCAUGACAAGGACUCUUGGAGUCAACUUUUCACUGAAGACUCUCAAGGUCAGAGGGUCAUUGCCCACAACACCAGAGCUCCUUUUCAAGAUUUAACCAGCACCUGGAAUCAGAGUUUAGGGCAGAGUCCUGAGCAGCGUCCUGAUGGACCUGAGGCUAGGUGCCAAGAUGGUCCCACUCACUCACAUCUGCAGCCCAACUUGCUCUUUACCCAGGACUCUGAAGGUAACCAAGUUAUGAGGCACCAGCUUAAAAUGUUUAUAUGAAGGAGUUUGGUUCUCAAAGUACCCUGAA